UGAUAGAGAUAUUUCCAAAAGCAAUGACUGGUGAUUCUUAGAGCAAGUCAUUCCUCAUCAUUCACCAAAGUGAUUAUGAAUCACCUCCUUUGAACAAACAAAGUGCGCUCAUCUGCAGAACAUAUAACAUUCCAACAUGCUACUCUCUUACAUUCAGAGCACAGCAUCCACCAGGACAUCAACCUCAAAAUGUGGUCCACCUGGUCCCAUCCCCUCCAGCGCCCUGCCUCUCCGCAGAUUCAACUCCUCAUCCAACACCACCAAACCUCCCUCUCCACCAAAGGAACCCAUCCAGUCUCCGCCCUCCAGAGACUCAACACCUUCACCAAUCCCCAGCACAAAAGUGGAAACCUCACAGGAACAGCCCUUCUGCUGCCCCUCCCUCGACCUCCCAAUCUACUCCCCAACAUCCCACGCCCUAACCCUCUUCCUCCGUGCCCUCACUAUCCGACGCCAACACAUAACCACCAUCACCUCCUCCUCCUCUUCAACCCUACUCUUCUCGCCCCUUUUCCCCCUAAACACCCUCCCAUUCCCCCACCAAACCCAACAACAGCUAGAAAUCAUCGAAUUCGAAACCAUCUCCUCUGACCGAACAUUCGAUCGCAAGUUCCAGCACCGCUAUUUCAUCAUUGUGCCAGGGAGGGAUAUCAGCGAUGUAGAGAUGGAUCUCGGGGGUAAUUUUAGGGAGGUUAGUAUUAGCUGGGUGGAGGAGGAGAGGAGGAAGGGAGAUGAUGGUGGUGGGUGGGGGUUUGUGGGGAGGGAUGAGGUUGUGAGGGAUAGGGUGGGUUGGAGGUGUGAGGAUUGUGGGGUUGGGUAUUGGGUUCGGUUGAUUGGGGUUGGGGAGUGAAUGGAUAGUUCGGAAAAGUGAGGAUGUGGAUGAUUGAGAUGAGGAGGUGGUAACUCCCCCCUUUUUGGCGCGAAAUAAGCGAGAAUUGAACGUGACUUCUUCUCGGGACUGACGAGACGAGGCUUCAAUUCGGCUAGGGAAAGUCGACGGGAAUAAAGUGGAG